AUGACCCUUUGCGCCCAUCAUCUUCGACGCCUUUUUCGACGCAUCAUCGCCACAUCCGAGGCGAGCGCGACGACCCAGUCGCAUACUCCACGCAUAAAGGCCAUGGCUUCUGUCAAAAGGCCCCGCGCUGUCUUGGAAGCAGCCGGCGCAGGCGACGAAUUACUGGACGUCCAGCACGCAAGAUCGCAUCUUAGCCAAGACACAUCCUCAAAAAGAGUCCGAUUAUCCAAUGCAACGCAGCCGAAGCAGCAAGCAGCUGCUCCGAGAGAGGAAACAUCCAGCUCAGAUAGUGAGAUAGACGAAGACGAAGACGAUGGUGGAGAAAGACCCGGCCGCGAAUCCCCGCCCCGCACACAAUACGAGAUUGCCCGCGACGAUGGCUUCAGGCAUUUACAAUACGAGGAUCAAGACGACCGACGUGCCACACAGAAAAUCAAGAGCCGCCCUCAACGCAUCGGCGAUAACCAUGCUGCCGAGAACGGUAUUAUCGAGAGUGUCGAAUGUGUCAACUUCAUGUGCCACGAGCGGCUCUAUGUCGAGCUGGGACCCCUUAUCAAUUUCAUCGUUGGCGAGAACGGCAGCGGCAAGAGUGCCGUUCUUACAGCUCUCACCUUGUGCCUUGGCGGCAAGGCUAGCUCCACCAACAGAGGUGGAAGUUUGAAGAGUUUCAUCAAGGAAGGCCAAGUCAACUCCGUCAUAGUCGUCAAGAUCAAGAACCAAGGCAUCGAUGCCUAUCAACACGACCUCUAUGGCGACACCAUCACCGUCGAGCGCCACUUCUCCAGGGCUGGUGCCAGUGGUUUCAAGCUCAAAAGCGUGACAGGCAGGAUUGUUUCCACCAAGAAGGCCGAUGUCGACGAGAUAUCCGAAUAUUGGGCACUGCAAGUCGACAAUCCACUCAACGUACUGUCGCAGGACAACGCUCGGCAGUUUCUGAAUUCGUCAUCGCCAUCCAUGAAGUACAAGUUCUUCGUCCGUGGCGUGCAGCUGGAACAGCUCGACAACGACUACAAGCUGCUUACAGAAAUCCUUGAAAGUCACGAGGCGAAGCUACCGAGUCUGGAGGAGCACGUUCGCCGGGCCAAGAGGGAGCAUGUCGAGGCACAGAAGCUCAAGGAUAUUGCCCAAAGGAAUGAGGAGAUGAGGAAGACGUAUCGACGUCUUCGGAACCAGCUAUACUGGUCCCAAGUGACCGAGCAAGAGGAUGCAUUGUCGAAAUGCAACAACGAAAUUACCGCUUUGGACGAGGAGAUCCGCCACGCCGCAGUGAACAUCGAGCAGACAACACAAGCUUUGACUGAACGCGACGAGCAGCUAGAGCGUGCCAAGGCAGCCGUGGACAACGAGUCCCAUGAAGUUGGCUCGAUUCAGGAGAGUAUUGAAGCCGCUGAUGGAGCGUACCAGGAUGCCAAGAAGGCCGUUACCGACAUCCACCAUCAGCUCAGAGAUGUCCAGCAACGCCUGAAAAAUGCCGGCCAAGGGAUGGCAGAGUUCGAGAGCAAAAUUCAAGCAGAGGAGCAGCGUCUGGGCGCCGGAGCUGGCAGUGCUCGCCAGGAGCAGGAGACUCUGCUGAACGAAGCCAAGUCAGAAGAAAUUUCGAUCAAGGAACAGAUGGGCGAAGAGAACGAUAGGCUGCCCCAGCUCAGAGCCGACUUGACCGAAGCCCAAAGAGCCGCGGAAGAAAGCAAGGUCGAGUUCGAUAGAAAGAAGAUGGAAAUCUCCUCGGCCGAGGGCCGUUUGCGCAACCUCGAGCAGAACAGAGGAUCACUCUGGGCUGCCUACGACAAAAAGAUCCCACUCCUCCUCCAGGCUAUCGAAAGGGAUAAUGGUUUCCAAGAGAAGCCCGUUGGUCCAAUCGGGGCUCACGUCCAACUCACUCAGCCCGAAUGGUCGCCCAUCCUGGAGACGGUCUUUGGUGCGACGUUGGAUGGCUUCCUCGUGUCCAACAAGACAGACCAACAACGCCUAGCCAGAUUGAUGCAGCAAUUAAACCUGGGCCGAACCCCUCCUAUUAUUAUCGGUAGACGAUUGCCACCCAAUGUUAAGCUAAGGGAACCGGACCCGGCUUUCGACACGGUCCUCCGCGUGCUCAAGUUCGACAACGAUUGGGUUCGCAGUCAGCUCAUCGUGGCCCAUACUAUCGACAAGAUUGUCCUGAUAAGAGAGAGGGCAAAAGCACAAGACGUUAUGAUGAGCGAUUCGCCGCCGCCAAAUGUGCAGGCUUGUAUCUCCUUUCACGAUGGCGCGGGCAAACGAGGCACUGGACUUCGCAUGGCCCGGUCGGGCGGCGCAGGGUUCAGCCAAAGCCCCAUUAGUCCUUUCCCACGUGCACCAAGAAUGAAAUCAGACGACGAGACGCAAAUCAGUCUCGCCAGGGAAUCCCUGAGCCAUCUUCGAGGAGACCUGCGGUCGAUCGAGCUGAAGCGGCGAGAGUUUGACCAAGUGGUUGCGAAAUGCAAAUCAGCCUUGACGGCUCAAGACCAACAAAACCUGUUACUGGAGCGACAACUGCUAAGAGUUCAGGGCAGAGUUGAAAGAAUAUCGGCCGAGCUCGACCAGUAUGAAGGGGCCGAUGGCAGACUCAUCUCGCUCCGGGAAGAGCUAGAGAAAAUCAAGGCCGAGCGAGAGCAUCAUGGCACUCAGUACGGCGAGAUGCGAUUACGACAAGAUGAUCUCAACAAGGGAUGUGAAGCUUGCAAGAGGAAGCUUGCGGAGGAAAAGGGGCGAUUGAAGGACUUUCAGGCCCAUUUGACCAAGCUACAGCUCGCAGUUCAGAAGGCCGAAGAUUUGCGGAAGAUGGCAGUCUUGGAGAAGAACCGUGCCUUCCAGAUCCGCGAUGAUGCAGUCCUAGAAAAGGAAAGGGCAGAGACGCGACGUGACGAGCAGGCCGAGGUCGUCGCAAACUUCACCCAGCAGGCUAUGGAGAAGGCACCACAGCGAGUAUAUAUUGAGGAGGGCGAAACUCACAAGAGCAUCGAAAGCAAGUACGCCAUUGUUCACCAGCAGCUGGAGAAAAGAGCGCAGAAACUCGGCGCAUCGGAUGAGGAGAUCAAGGAGCGGGCGGCCAGGGCGGAAGCCGCAUACGAAGCUGCACAACAGUUGCACAAGGGACAGCAGGAAGAGCAGGCGGCCGGCAAACUCAACCUAGAAGACCGGUUGAAUCGGUGGCGUCUGUUUCAGCGACAUAUCUCAGCGCGCGCUCGCAUCUGUUUCCAGUACCUCUUGAGUGAGCGUGGAUUCAGGGGUAAACUUGCCAUUGACCAUCCUCAGAGGAGGCUGCAGCUUUUUGUGGAACCGGACGAAACCAGAAAGGGGACUGGUGGUCGAAGCACAAAGACGUUGUCGGGAGGCGAAAAGUCGUUCUCGUCUAUUUGCAUGCUGUUGGCCAUCUGGGAGGCUAUGGGAUCGCCUCUUCGAUGCCUGGACGAGUUUGACGUUUUCAUGGAUAACGUCAACCGCACCAUCAGCACAAAUAUGCUGAUCACUGCCGCGCGACGCUCAGUGUCACGACAGUAUAUCAUGAUUACACCAAACGCGAUUGAGGGGCGGGCCACACUCGACAAGGACGUCAAGAUCAUCCGUCUCACUGAUCCCCGGCAACGUACUUUAAUCUGA